AUGGUGAUGGAAUUUCCUGAUAAUGUGCUGAACCUCGAUGGACAUCAGAAUAACAGUGCACAACUGAAACAGUUCAUUCAGAGACACAGCAUGCUUAAACAGCAGGAUCUGAACAUUGCCAUGAUGGUGACCUCCAGGGAGGUGCUGAGUGCCCUGUCCCAGCUGGUGCCCUGCGUGGGCUGUCGCCGCAGCGUGGAGAGACUCUUUUCCCAGCUGGUGGAGUCUGGGAACCCAGCGCUGGAGCCUCUCACCGUGGGGCCCAAGGGGGUUCUCUCUGUCACUCGCAGCUGCAUGACUGAUGCAAAGAAGCUUUAUACACUCUUUUACGUGCAUGGGUCCAAACUGAAUGAUAUGAUUGAUGCAAUUCCCAAAAGUAAGAAGAACAAGAGAUGUCAAUUACACUCCCUGGACACACACAAACCAAAACCUUUGGGGGGUUGUUGGAUGGAUGUGUGGGAGCUCAUGUCCCAGGAAUGCAGGGAUGAAGUAGUUUUAAUUGACUCUAGUUGUCUUUUAGAAACAUUAGAAACCUACCUACGAAAACACAGGUAUGUGGAAAGAACACCUCACACCUUCAUUCUGAGGAACACAUUGCAUGGGUUUUGUGACCAAAAU